AUGGCAGUGCCAGUCAUCGCUUCACCAUCGCGUCCUCACUCGGAUUCCAUAUUUCCCCCUGACAUGGUCCAUCCCUCUAUCUCCGUGGGGAUGCGCUCGCGUCCAGCCCUCGAUAUCACGCCUAAGUCUCGACCGCGUGCUGCUUCUGUACCCCUUUCCCCAUCAUCACCUUCGGCGAUCAAGAACACCACACAAUGUAGCAGUAUGACAAAGCUUGGGAAGCAAUGCUCCCGCCAAGUCAAGCUUCCCUCGACACUCUCUCAUAUCGACCCAACACCUGUCGUGUAUUGUCAUCAGCAUCGCGAUGCAAUGUUUCAUGCGCAAACCGGAUUUUAUGUCAGAUGCAAAGGCAUGCCAGAUACAUAUGUAGAAUUUAGUGAUUAUAUACCAAAAUACCUCCAACGCGAUACCCAGUUGGCGCUUAGAGUUGAAAUGGAGAAAGCUGCUUCCACUUCGGACGUCCCUGGCUAUAUCUACACGUACGAAAUCCGAGACCCGAAACAUCCUGGUGUGAUUCAGCUCAAAGUCGGGCGCGCUGUAAAUCUCACAAAACGACUGGAUCAAUGGGGAAAGCAAUGCGGUUCGAAGGUACCAAUCGUCCGGGGGUGGUGGCCAGGCACAGUGGAAGACGAUAGUGACGAUGACGGCACUAAUGGGAGCCUGCUUACAGGAAACAUCAAGGCGGGAGAGGCGGGGCCAUUGUGCCACCGUGUGGAGAGGUUGGUACAUAUAGAGCUUGCGGACUUGGUGGUUCACACACCAUACCUGGACCCCAAGUUUCCGAAAGUCGAUAAUUCAGAUAUCUCUCCAUCUACCUCGGGGUCGCCGAAGAAGGCUACGAUGAAGCCCUGUCUUGAUUGUGGUGCUAUACACAGGGAAAUAUUCGCAUUUCCACGUCCUGAGAAGGGACGUUACAAGGGGCGAGAGUGGGAACUUCUCGUGAAACCCGUCAUCGAGAAAUGGGGUAAAUUUGUAUCGGAAUACUAUGCUUGA